AUGAUUUUCGAUUUUGAUUUAGUUGAAAUGAAUGUAAUAAGAGAAUAUGAAUUUUUAUCAAAAUUAGAAAAUGAUUUCAAUAAAAGUAUGAAUUCAGGUGAAAUUAAAUUCUAUGUAACAUUAAGUGAAAUUAGUGAAACUUUCAUUGAUAAUUCAGAGUGUAAAAAAUUGAAAAAGAAAAUGAAAGAAGAAAAAUCUCGUGUAUUUGCUACGGAAUUCUCAUCACAAAUUCCUGGUACAACCACAUCAACGCUCACUCAAUCUGAUAAUUAUUCUGUAGCAGAAAAUAUCGAUGUACCAACUUUACGUUCAGGAAUUAUUAAUAAUUCAGUUACACGUUCUCAGCAAUAUAAUCCACAAUCUAAUCAAUCAAACCAUGAUUCAACAGAAAUCGUGGAUUUCAUAGAAGACUUACAAAAUGAUGAUGGGCAACCAAAUUUAUCAAAACAAGGAGACAAAUCUUUACAAAAUCGUGUUGAAGACAACUGGACGGAACGAAAUCAAUCUCUACUACCUCAACCUAAAUGGCCGUAUAAUUUUUAUGAAGGUACUAGCCUAGAGUUGUACACUAGCAAAUGUCAAGGUGAUACGAAUGAAAGUAUUGAUAAACUAUAUACAUUGAAUAAUGAAAUACAAAUGGAGAGUUUGUUUCAACAAUCCCGUUUAAUAGUUACGUUGGUCGGUGCAAAAAAUUUAAAAGUUCGAACUAAACUAAAGAAUGUUGUUGCUGUCAGUGAGGCCGAUAGUUGUAAAGCACCACGUGGUCGAUCAACAAGAAGCCAUUCAGAUCAUACACUAAAUGGUUUGGAUGAAGAAAAAAACAAUUUACCUUGUCCAACAGUGUUUUUAACUGUUGGAACCAAAACACAUCAAAGUAAAGUUGUAAUGCAUACAAAAAAUCCAUUAUGGAAUGAACGAUUUGAAUUUCGUGUUCGUCCUGGAAUGAGAACAGUACUUCAGUGUGAAGUAUUUGAUGACUCACAUCAAAAUACCAAUCUGCUCGGUCGAUUUUAUUUAGAUUUUUCGAAAAUUGUCCUUGACUGGACAACAUGUUUCACACUGAAUAAUCAAGAUGGUCGAGGUCAUGGUGAAUUACAUAUUUUAGCUACAAUGACCGGAUUAUUUCCAAUUUCCAAUGCCACUAUUCCUAGAACAUUUUCAUCAGAUCAGUUAAAAUUAGAAACUGAUUCAAUUUAUGGUGAUUUGUCUAAAGAAUCUAUUUCGAAAAGCACAUUAGAUCAAAUAGCUGAAUAUUAUAAAGUUAGAAAUACACUUCGAAAAUGGUCAGAUGUCGGCUGGUUACAUAUUGUUGUAAAUCGAGCGUCUAAUUUACCAGCAAAAGAUCGAAGUGGAAAAUCUAAUGUUUUCUGUGAAAUAAGACUUGUUAAUCGAGUUGUACGAACAUUCACAGCACAAAAGAAUGCUAAUCCUGCAUGGAAUCAAGCAUUUGUAUUUCCAAUUGAAGAUAUGUAUUCUGUUUUGGAAGUACAUGUCUAUGAAGAAGGCAAAGAGUCAUCUGAAUUAACAGGAUGUAUUUCAUUUCCGCUCAUACAACUUGUUAAUCGUAGACAGAAAUGGUAUGCAUUAAAAGACAAAUCAUUGACUACAUUAGCUAAAGGUUCUAUUCUACUACAGACUAUUAUUAUUUUCAAUCCUCUUAAAGCUUCAAUUCGUGCAUUAUAUCCUAAAGAAAAACGUCUAUUUGUUGAAGAUAGUAAAGUUAAACUACGGGAUUUUACAAAGAAGCAUUUACCUCUCUUACAACGCAAUAUUGAUCGUCUUACACCGUAUGUAGAUUAUAUAAAAAAAAGUGGACAAGCUUUUCAUAAACUUUAUUCAUGGGAAAGACCAUUUGUAUCAUUAAUCAGUUUGAUAACAUUUGAAUUGGCUGUUUUAUAUUUUCAACCAUAUAUGAUUGGUUUCUUCUUAGCUUUAUUUAUGAUCAUCAUGUUGAUUGUCCCAAGGAUAUAUUCCACUUCAUCAUUAUUAUUAUCUCCAACAUCAAUAAAUUUUCUUCGAUUUUCUAGAUCUAAAGAUUCAGAUAGUGAGGAGAAUGAAGACGAUGAAGACAUCAUUGAUCCAGAGAUUUAUGGUGACUACUCUGAUAUGGAUGAUGAAGAUGAAGCAAUUUUAAAGAGAAAAAAAGAUAAAAAAACUAGUUUAGCAGCAAAGUUAAAUAAGAUUCGUUCUGUACUCGGAACAUUGCAAGAUAUUGCUGAAUGGAUAACAUCAUUCUUCGAACGAUUGAAUUAUUUAUGCAGAUGGAGAUAUCCUUCUUUGAGUUGUUUAUUCUUGGUGACUAUUUUAAUGAUUUCAAUAAUUCUCUAUUUCAUACCUUUACGAUAUAUUAUUUUGGGAUAUACUCUGAAAAAGUUCACACGUAGAAUGCGCAAUCGACAAAGACCGUCUACUACAUUAUUUAUGGGUAUUUUAAAUAGAGUUCCUAGUAGAAUGGAGAAGAUUUAUUACAGAGAAUUAAGACCUUUAUCUACUCCACCAGCUGAAAUAAGACAAUCAAAUGUGUUAUCAACUACCAAGGUAGGAGGAGUACAAAGUUGUCCAGGAACGAAUGGUUAUCAAAGUAAUGUGGAAUGAUGCACAAAUAUUACCGGAAUAUACAUAUACAUACAGACAUAUAUAUACAUAACAUUAAAUAUAGUAUUGACUUUAUUGAUUUUAUCAGUACUUCUUUUCUUUUAACCUUUUAUGACAUCAUCAAUCACUAUUUCACAGCUGACAGUGAUCAACAAAAUACUGUUUUUUUUUCUUUAUUAUUUGUACUUUAUUGAAUGUUUGAAUUACGAAAUCUUACAAUUACAGCGUUUAUUAUCAUUAUUAAUAUAAAAUAUUAACAUUUAGUAACAUCUCUUUCUCUCUCCCCCACUCUCCCUUUCUCUCUCUCUCUUCUUUCCUUCAUCUCCGUAACUAACUCAUUAUUACUAAUGAAUUUUUAUAAUGUAUCCGUAUACUUUCUAAAAACAAAAACAAAAACAAAACAGAAACUAAUUUCUAUCCAAUCACAUCAUACAUUUUAAACAAAUGGAACUUGAUUGACUCAAUAGAAAACAAAAAAAGGGAUCAUAUUUGAAGUAUUAAAUAUUGAAUUAAGAUAAUAACAGAGCUAAAUACUCUAUUGUAUAACAUUUGAUCAAAGAUGAUUGAGAAGAACUAGUCUUAUUUGAUGAUUUCUUGAAUCUUUGACAUUCUUCUUUGAUAAUAUUGACCUAUUCACAGUUGAUAAAGAUUAUUUUUUUAUAAACAUCAUUACAAAUUUAUUUAUUUGCUUAUUAACCUUAAUGAAAAACGAUUUGUCAAUCAUAUGGAGAAAAUAAUAAUAAUAAUAACAAUAAUAAUAAUAAUGAAUAAAAA